UAUAGAUAUACAUACGUGUACUUAAGUAGUAUUUGUUUACUGAAUUUAUUUACUAAAUUAAAACUUUAAACAAUAAAGUAAAAUUGAUUGUUGUCAAUAUUUCAGAAUUUAAAUGCGAUUCUAAAUUCUAUCGACAUUCGACUUCAGAACUUAGAUCAGUUUUGUUCCUUGCACUCGGCGACGAUACAAAGCAAGCUCGCCUAUUACGAGAGGAAAUUGGACAAAAUGGAAAAAGAAAUAUUGAGGAUAGAAAUGAGGAUAAAAAUUGAUUUAGAUAAGGUAUCGGAGAAUAUCAGUAACAAAAAUUUCAAAGAUGAUAUCGCAGCCGACAGAAUAAUAAAAAAAAUUGAUUCUGCAUUCGAUAGAGUCAGUAACAAGUACUCAAUUAUAGAAAGCAAUAUGGACCUGGUAGCUACAAAAAUUCAGAAUACCAGGGAUGUCGUGAUCAAAAAAUUAGAUAAAAUCGAUGAAUCAUUAUACAUUCGUGACGAAGAAACUGCCGCAGAAAUGGAAGAUGCAAUAGAAGACUUAAAAAAAGUUUGUAGUUCGGUAGAAGAUAAUUUACUUAACAAAACGCAGGAACAUAUAAAGAGCCUCUCGAAUCAGACUAAAAUUUCAACAAAUGGCCAUCUCAAUGAAGUUAAAUUAUUGUACGAAAACAGUAGUCUCGGAAAUGAAUCAUUUUCAAAUUGCAGUGGUAUUGGAAUAGCUCUGGACAAAAAUAAGGCAGACAUUGAAAUCAGUAUUAACGAUUUUACAAACAAGGUUACAGAUAUGAAAUACAACCUGGAUGAAGCAUUAGAUCGUUUUAAAGUAUCACUUGAGAAUGUCGUUUUACUAGUCAACGAAACCAGAAAAGAACACCAAAAUAAUUUUAAAGAAUUAAGAGUCGGCAGAAAAAGUCCAAAUAAAUAUGUUUCGGACAAUGAUCAGCUUACAGAGAUAAACAAUAAAAUUGACAAACACUUUAAAAGACUUAUUUCAGCUCAAAACUCAUUUUCAGAAAAUUGCUAUAAGUUGCAAAUGGAUGAGUCGCAAAUCGAAACAAAAAUAAGUUUCGUAUUGGAGAAAAUGAUUGAAACAUUUGAAAAUAAAACAACUUUAAAGCCAGAAGAUAUUACAAAGUUGGAAAGUACUUUAUUUGUUCACGAUUUGUAUAUCAGAAGACAUUUAUAUGAACUGGCUAAAAAGAUUAAUAUGUUAUCGAAGAAAAUAUCUGACGAUAGGAGUAAUACAAUAUACUCUAUAAAACAGUUUAUGCACGAAGAACAUGGACUGUUAGAAGGAAUGGUACAAAAUUUUGCAAAUACGAUCAACAAAACGUUCCUUAAUAAUGUAACAUUAGCAAAUACUUUGCUAAUGGUAAACGCAAAUUUGGAAAAAACACUAAAGUUCUUAAAUAACACAACUUCAUUAAGCUGUGCUGAUUUAGAUCUUAAAUUUAAUGCAACUGAUAGUAAAAAUAAUACUGAUAGCACUUUUAUUACAAGUGAAGAUUAUUUAACAACAGAGAACAAUACCACAGAAAUUACUUUCAAUUACACUUCUGAUGAAACAAAUUUUCCAGAUGUUAAUUUUCCAAUCGACGUUCGAUUUGGAAUAGAUGAUUCAAUUAAGACUAAAAACUCUGAUGAUUAUAACGUUACUACCCCAGAAAAUAAUACAGAAGCCAAAAUGAACAAUACUUUUUCGAUUGAUCUAGAAUCAAAUACCACACAUGACUUAAAUUUAACUGAGUCUAAAACGACAACCAAUGAACCAAUUAAAAUUUUAGUAGAGUCACCAAAAAAACCUACAUUUGGUAAAAGUGUUAGCGACUCUCAAGCUGAACCUGUAGAUGAAAACACUGAACCAUAUUUAAUUAACAGAUCUGAUUAUGACUUAGAAAUGGCAGAAUCUACACUCAACAGUAAAGACUUUACAGGAAGAUCAGAAUUGGAUAACGAAGAUCAAGAUUUAGUAGAGACAUAUCCUCAAAGGGAUAUUCUGGAUCUAAUCACAGAAUUGUUAGGAGAAGAUUUAACAUAAACUUGUACAUAUUUUCAUGUAUAAAUAAACUUGUAUAUAAAAUGUCUUUGGCCUU